AUGUUCCAGGUGGUUGCCUUCUUAGCAAUAGCCAUGGGGGCCCACGCCCUCAAUUUGCGGCUUCAGAAAGACUGUGUCCUCUGGCCCAGCUGCUUCCCCGGCAAAGGACAGGACCCCACUGAGGAGCUGCGGAAGUUGAACACUGUGCUCAUGCCUCCCCCAGAGACUGAUAGCCUUGCCCACCAUGCGGAACUCUGCAGGGCCAGCGAAGACGGGCCCCUCCACAGCAGGUCCAUCUCCCCUUGGAAAUACGAGUUGGACAGGGACUUGAACCGGCUCCCCCAGGACCUGUACCACGCCCGCUGCCUGUGUCCACACUGCGUCAGCCUACAGACGGGCUCCCAAAUGGACCCCCUGGGCAACUCGGAGCACCUCUACCACAACCAGACUGUCUUCUAUCGCCGGCCAUGCCCUGGAGAGAGGAGCACGAGUGAUGGCUACUGCCUGGAAGGCAAGCUCUAUCGUGUCUCCUUGGCUUGCGUGUGCGUGCGGCCUCGUGUGAUGGCCUAG